UGGAAGAUCAAGAAAUAAAAUCAAAUAACUUUUAAUUAUUUUUAAUUACAUUGUAACUUAACUUACAAGUUUACAUUAAUUUAAAAAAGUGCUAUUUAAACAAAAAAUGUAAAGCUAUACUACUUUUAUUCUACUGUAUUUUGUAUAUUAUAUUUGUUAUUUAUUACCCAUUUACAAUUUUCUCUUUCCUAUAAAUAUAGAUUUGUAGGAUGAAUAAUAUGAUUUCGAUAUAAUGUGAAUGAGUAUAUGUGAAUAUAUAUAUAAAAGAAAAGAAUGAAAAUAAAGGGAGAUUAAAGCACUAAAGAAGUAACAGCAGCGUUUAGUUAGAGGAUGAUUUGAGUUUCAUUUAAAAUUUAAAUAUCUAGAGUUUAUCACAGAAGUAUAGCAUAGCUGUAUCAACAUUACACAAAACUCGAUUAUAUAUAAUUCUCUGUUAAGUAUUUUAUUAUUUUGUUUCGUAUUUCUCUUACUUUUCUGAAAAGCAUAACUGCAUUUAAAGAGAAAAUUAUGCCGCAUGUGAACUGUAUUAUAGGAUUGCGUAUUUUGAUACUGUCAAUUUGCAUGUCAGAUCAUGAAAAAAUUAUUUUAUGAGGGAUAUAUUGCGAGGGAUACAUGGAUGAAUAAUGGAGUUAGCAACUUUACAGCAUGAUGCGGUAUUCUAGCUAUAUCUAAGAGAUUAGAUCGUAGUAAGGCUAUAGACUAUUGAUGUUUGUCAGUCAUUCUAAAGAUUUUGUUGCGUGCAGUACUUAUCAGUUUUGACUGUUAUGACAUCAGAAGACGUAAUCUAUUAAAAUGCACAUUCUUAAAUCAAAUUUUAAUCUUUUAACGAUAUUUGGGUGCUGGCGACCGGAUUCUUGGUCAUCGUUACAUAAACGUUUAGUCUAUUACACAUAUACGAGCAUAAUAUUUUUAUUAGUACACACCUUUAUGUUAUCACAAUUGGUAGAUGUAAUCCUGACUUUGAGUAACGCUGAAGACAUUUCCGAUAAUUUUUUUACUCUAAUCGCUUUGUGCUCUGCUUGCUGUAAAUUAUUUGUUUUGUUAAUAAAUCGCAAAAGCAUUAUUAUGCUAGUCGAUAUACUGAUGGAUAAACCCUGCAGACCAUCGGAAUCGACUGAAAUGAAAAUUUUGUAUAAAUUUGAUAAAAGCAUACAAAUUAAUACAUGGCGUUUUGUACAUCUGGCAAUGGUAACAGUGUCAAUUGUGAUAUUAUCUUCUUUAUUUAUAAACUUCAGAAAUAGUAAAUUAAUGUAUAAAGCCUGGUUACCAUUUGAUUAUUCGUCAGCUAUACUUUUUUAUGUAACGUAUAUUCAUCAAAUGAUGGGCAUGAUUGCUGCGAUAUUUUUAAGUAUUGGUUGUGAUACACUCAUUUGCGGAUUAUUAGUCCACAUUUGCUGCCAAAUUGAGAUUUUGACGUAUCGUCUAAGAAAAAUUAUGUCUUAUUCAAAUAUGCUUCGCGAUUGCGUUUAUCAACAUUACCAUAUUUUCAGAUUUGCUGUAAUUGUAAAUGCAAAGUUUAGUUUGACUAUUACUUUACAAUUUGUAAUGAGUACGGUGAUAUUAUGCUUUAGCCUUUAUCAUUUAAGUAGAACAACAUCCAAAGCUAAAUAUCUUGAAACAACUUUAUAUAUAUGUUGCUUUUUAACACAACUUUUUAUAUAUUGUUGGUAUGGGAACGAAGUAAAAGUAAAGAGUUAUGAAAUGAUUGAUAAAAUUUUCGAAAUGAAAUGGCUGACAUUAGACGAAAAUAGUAAGAAAUCUCUAAUAAUGAUAAUGAGACAAGCACUUGUGCCUAUUCAAAUUAAGUGUGCUUACACUGUUCCUAUGAAUCUCAAUUCCUUCAUGAAUAUACUUAAGAUGUCGUACUCUACUUACAACCUACUUCAACAUAUUGAUAAAUAAUUGUGAAAGAGGCCAAUAAAGUUGCUAUUGGAAUUUGUUACUCGUAUUACAAAAUUAAUUUAAGAAAAUGAAAAAAAAAGGAUAGUGACAAUUAGUCUUCAGAAUUAACAUUUAUAUUACAUAUUAUUAUUUAAAAUAAACGCAUUUUUAAAAUA